AUGAAUGCGACAACGUUAAAAUCUUGGUUACAACGAGGAGAACUCGAGAGAUUGGAACAUGUCGUUCUAGAAGGACGAGGGGCUCGUCUGUUAGGUGAAUAUUCUCCAGAUCUCAGGACUAGAGUCUUCCUAAAAGGACUCCCGAAUUAUCUGACGAAAAUCUCGUACGUGCAUGACGCGGUUUCGCGUGGUUCUUUGAUCGAAACGCAGAAGCUGAUAUCAGAGGAGCCUAAGAAGAAACUGGCUAUCUCGAAAGAUCCAACUGGCACGCCAUUGCUUCACAAAGCCGUGUAUCACGAUCAUCGAGAUAUCGUCGAGUGGCUCGUGGAAAAUUAUCCUAUCACUGUCCAGCAGAAAGACAAAGAAGGAAGGACAGCGUUGCAUUAUUGCGCUGCUUGCAAGGAUCCCGAGGGAAUUUGGGAUGUCCUCAUAGAAAACGACUGCGACGCGAGUAUUUGCGACAAAAAGGGCAAUCCUGCGGCUUACUAUUUGGAACAUAGCUCGGAGAUUGAACUACCGGAAGCGGAGAACAUGUCUCGCCGGAAGAUCAGCUCUGGCAAGGAAUGCUUGGAUUUCAAACCUUCCAAUAUCAGAAUAUGGAUUCACAAUCGAGAUCUAGGGAAGUUGCAGCAGGUUCUAUGGGAAGGCCAUGGAAACAAGUUGCGUAUGGAGACCAGCAACAAUCCACGCGUGAAGAAAUUUUUGGAAGCUGUGCCAUUUAUAAUGGGUACCACGAAAGAUAUUCACGCAGCCACGGUGAAUAACGAUUUAGAAGGACUUAGAAACAAAGUGGAGUGUACAUCGCCCAUCGUCCUCAGCGGCAAGGAUGCCAAUGGCCUGAACGUUCUACACAAGGCUGCUGGACUGGGACACACGGAAAUUGCACGGGUAAUUCUCGCAAAGAAUCCUUCCGUUGUGGAGGCGCAGGACAACGAUGGGAAGACGCCAUUGCAUUAUGCAGCUGGAGCGAAGGAUGAUGGAACUCUGUAUAAUUUGUUAACGGAAUACGGGGCUGACGAAAGUAAAUUAGAUCACAGACUAAAGGCACCAGCCUUCUACAAGAACCGGCCAUCAGACUUGGACCAGUCGCUGUUGAACGUGAUACCGGAAGCGCCCCGAGUCGCCGGGACGUCGUACCCCAAGAACUGGGACUGGAGGAUCCUGGAAGCAGAGGAAUCUAUAUCUCGAGGAAUGAAGAAGGUCAGCAGUGCGGAUAUCGAUAGCGCGUUCGGCAGCGCAGAAUCGGCGACGAAAAAUUUCAGUAGAUCUAUGGAACAGAUUAAAAAUGUCGAGGAAGAUCAGCCGGUGGAUCAGCAGGAGAGCGCGGACGACGCUGAGAACGCUGAAAAUGCCGAAAACACGGAGGCCGAUACAAAUCCGGAGAACACGGAAGACGCUGGCGAUGCGGAGGACGCGGAGAAUGCGGAAAACACGGAGGCCGUGGAGAACACGGAGGAUGGAGAGAACACGGAGAAUGGAGAGAAAGCAGAGGAAGAUGCAAAGGAGUCGAACGACGCAGAAGACGCACCUGAGAACAACGAGGAGACAGAGGAGGCUAAAGUGGAGGACGCCGAAGAGAGAUCCUCGGACGACGACGUGGUGACAGGGCCGGCUAUUCCGGGUGCAGAGGAAAAUCCCGAUCCGGAGAACGAAGAAGAGAAAGCCGAAGAAGCAGAGGGUAAGAGCGAAGAGGAUAAAGAAGAACAGGUAGACGCGGAUGAAGCGAAGGAGGAAGAGGCCGCUGAACAGGACGAGGAAAACAAAGCGGAGCAGGAAGAGAGAAACGAGCCGAGUACCGGUGACUCUGGCGUCGAUGAUCCGGGAAACGAGGAAGAUCAGCAGGUGAUCGUCGGCGAGCACGAGGAGCUUCCGGAGGCAGAGCUGAACGAGGGCAGCAUGACGGCGGACCCGGAAAUCGAGAAGCUGCUGGAGGCCGGGAACAUGGAGCAAUUGGCAGCGUUGGUACUGAACGGCGAAGGAAGAAGACUGGUCGGUCGACAUUCGGGCAAUUCCGAGCUUCAGACGUUCAUCGAUCGCGUCCCAUCGUACAUGGGGAAAAUUCACGCUGUGCAUAUGGCAGCCAGAGAAGGAAAUUUGAGAGACCUGCAAAGCGCCUUGGAUCGUCGCAAGUUUGCCAUUGCAAGAGAUGGAUCAUCGCCGCAUGGUGCAACUCCUCUGCACGUUGCAGUUGCGUUUGGAAACACCACCAUAAUCAGGUAUCUGGCAGGCAGGUUUCCAGAAACCGCUCAUGCAAUCGAUCACGAUGGACGAACACCUUUGCACUACGCGGCAACCCUCGCUGACAACGGCCAUUACUAUAACCUUUUGCUUCACCUGGGUGCCAAUCCUUUAGUCCAAGACAAAUUCAGGGAAAAGGCGGAGUAUUACAAGCAGAACCAGUCCGAAUUCUCUCACAAAUCACUCCUUCGCGAUUUCGGGGCUAACGAGAAGCUCGCCGACGAGAUGUUAACGGACAAAGACGACAAUCAAAUCGAGAUACCGAUAUUUCGAGAAGAAGAGGGUCGCUACUUAGCAUCGUCACUAGGUGAUCCAUUGAUCAAAGGCUUGACAGAGGUUGCCAAUACUCGUCCAAAGGAUCCGGUUACUUAUCUGGCUACUUAUCUGUACAACUUUGCCAAUAAAAGUAAAAACACUCCGCAAGAACUGGAACCUAACGUGCUGAUCAUACCCGAUCGUCCCGAAGAAAACAUAGAUAAUAUCGAAAAUGAAAUUGGAGACGAGGAUGCCGGUUAUCCGCAAAGUCCAGGUUCCGAUGUUCCAGAAUCAGCUUUUAGCAACCCUAAUAGAGAUGAACACGGGCAAAGCGUUAUUCACUUUGCUGCCAUACGAUCUUAUCCGAAGGAUGGUUUGUUCCAUCUACUUCAGGAAAGCCAAAUUAACGUUGGAUUCAGGGACGAAUUGUACAGGACAGCCAGGGACGUGGCUGGAUUGGCAAAUAUCCGAGAAAACAUCGACGAGAUCGAUCAUUAUGUGGCUUAUUUGGCAGCAAGAGGUGAAACUGAAAAAUUAGUGGAACUAUUACUAGAGGGGUACGAUCAUAUCUUGGACGUUGAAGACGAAGGUGUGAACAUCGUGAACAUCGCUGCGGAACGAGGACGAGAAGCGACUGUGCAAUUUUUACAAUCCAUUCCAAACUAUGUGACACAACGCGAAGAAGUGCACCACGAAAUCAGAAUAGGCAACGUAUCAAGAGUGAAGGAAUUAUUGAAUAAAAACACCGGAGGAGGGAAACUAUUAGCAAUGGGAAAGAAUUCAAUGAGUAGAUGCGCUCUUCACAUCGCUGUGCUUCGUGAAAACGAUGAGCUGACACAAUAUGUCGCGAGAACCUAUCCAGAGACUCUGCGUAUCGGUGAUAAUCUGGAGAGAACAGCUUUACAUUACGCAAUGGGUUUACCUUCGGUGGAAGAAUUAAGCAAUAUCCUCAUUAAAGCGGGUGCAAAACGCGUAAUGAGAGAUUUAAAGUCACGGCAACCCUCCUAUUAUUUCAUGAACAAGUCGGAUAUAGAGCGACUCCGAGAAGAAGAGGAAAGUUUUGUCAAGUAG